AGAGUUUUGAACUCAAAUCAUGGAAGCCGGAUCAAGGAAGUUCAUGGAGGUGGCAGCUCUUGGAAGACCCUUCCAGCUGGGGAUGCUGUAUGAUUGUCGUGAUGAUUGUCUCAUUCCAGGUAAGUCGCUAAAUCAAACAGCUGUUUCUGUUUCAGAAACUGAGGACCAGCAAAACAUUGAGGGGAACCUGCAAGUGAUGAUAAAGAAAAUAUCAUCCUUGUCAAUCGAUGGGAAAGGUUCCUUAGAGCUGACAGACACUGACAGAGCUACUGUAGAAAAGUUUUCUUGUAUAUUCUAUGGGGACUUUGCUCUGAAGCAGAACCCUGUUUCCUUCCAAGAUGCUGUAGACGCAUACAAAACUCUUCCAACUCUGCUGGGUGAAAAGGGGGGAAACGCUGUGCCAGUCAGGGUGUGGUUACUCCCCCUGGAAAUCAUAGAUCCUUCUGCUGCCAGAUUAGUGCGUCAGAUCAGUGUCAGAUUAAUAAAUGAAACACAGAGUGUGAUAGAGGACUUCAAUGAAAUAGAAAUGCAAUGCAAUGAUAUUACGAAGAGAAAGGUUACUUCAUGCUUUCCUGAGAUUGGACGAAAGGUAAAAUCCUUCAAGGAUAUGUGCUUGGAGUACAAAUCAGUGUUUCAGAGAUCUUUGUCAAGCAUUUUACCAUCAAUUCGUGGAGGUGGAACAGAGGAAUGUGUGCUUACAAACAUCCUAACAAAGAAGGAACAGUCUCCCUUCAAUUGCAAUAAACUUAAGGAAUGGCUGGACUGCAAAGAGGAAGAAAUCAACCUGCUCCAAACAUACACUGAUAUGAUGGAAGACACAAAAAUUCUGGCAACAAAGAGUGAGCUUCAAAGUGAAAUCUUGAAAAAUAGAGAUAAGAAUGUAGUGUGCUUUGCAUUCACAUCACUGGGUGAGGAGGAGCCGUAUCUGUCCUGCUUGCGGAGUCACUUAAAGACUCUUUCAACUGCAAAGCUAACAGAACCAACAGAGGAAGAUGAGAAGGAUGUUGAGCCGUGUGAGUUUUACUUCUCAGAUGCCGUGUCAGAAAAAAUGAACAAACAUGUAUUCCUCUUCAUAGAUUUUGCAAAAGCAAACAAGGGGAACAAGAAAACAUACUUUAUAUCAGCAUCCAUACCUAAUGAUAAGCACAAAGGGGCAAGUAUUUACCUUUACAAAGAUGGGAUUAAAAAAAGUGACCAUUUUGAGCCUCCGUCAAAGCCAGAAAGACCAAAUGCAUCUGACAUCACUCAUGACAGUGUGACAAUAAAGCUCAGUCACCCCCAGUAUGGAUCCAGUGAAAUCACACACUACCUGGUUGAAUACUGUGCUAAUGAGUCAGAUGGUUGGCAAUUUAUUAAAGUACCCAAAUCUAACCUAGAAUGUACUGUGUCUGGGCUGCUUCCCCACACAGGCUACAGGUUCAGAUACAAGGCAGUGUGUCCAACAGGUGUCAGUCUAACCAGUGAAGCUGAGAGCAUUAAAACUUUGCCCACAAGUCCUCCUGGGAAGCCAAGACAAACAUAUAAACCACAGUAG